GAAGGAAGGAAAAGAAAAUAUGCUGAUAAGGUAAUUAUUUAGUUAAGGUCACGUGACGUGAGAGGAAACCCGCUGGGAAAAAAUGUACUAUUGCGCGCGACCUGUCAACACAACUGCAAUGGAAUCUAAUAAAAAAUAACAGUAAUGCGAAAACGAAAAAACAGCGCAGAUCACGACAGCUGUGCACUACUGGACGACAGCUCCGAUCUAAAGUAUUGCCACAAACAUACCGACGCUGGUUCUGAUCCAGGAGUUUCGGGAAAAGCGAUGGGAAGACGCUAUAAGAGGGGUGGGCUGAUGUGGCGGCUGAGGAGAACAAUGAUCUGGGUGCUGGGAAUCUACAUCGCCAUCCCUGUUAUCAUCAAACUCUGUCCAUCAAUACAAGCAAAACUAGUCUUUUUAAACUUUGUGCGAGUGCCGUAUUUUAUAGAUCUGAAGAGGCCACAGGAUCAGGGGUUGAACCACACUCACAACUUCUACCUGCAGCCAGAGGAGGGAAUUAACAUUGGAGUAUGGCACACUGUACCUGCAAUGAUGUGGAGGGAGGCUCAGGGUAAAGAUGCUGAGUGGUAUGACAGAAGCUUCCAGUCCAAUCACCCUGUCAUCCUUUAUCUCCAUGGCAACGCAGGGACAAGAGGAGGGGAUCACAGAGUUCAGCUUUACAAGGUCCUCAGUUCAUUAGGCUACCAUGUAGUCACAUUUGAUUAUAGAGGUUGGGGUGACUCCGAGGGCAGUCCUUCAGAGAAAAUUAUGACAUCAGAUGCCCUCUUCCUCUACCAGUGGAUAAAGCAGAGGAUUGGUCAGAAGCCCCUCUACAUAUGGGGUCACUCACUGGGCACAGGAGUGGCCACUAACUUAGUGAGGCGUCUGUGUGACAGGGGGACACCACCUGAUGCUCUUAUCCUAGAGUCGCCCUUUACAAAUAUUAGAGAGGAAGCCAAGAGCCACCCCUUCUCUAUGGUUUACAGAUAUCUACCAGGCUUUGACUGGUUCUUCCUGGAUGCUAUAACUGCAAACGACAUCCAAUUUGCCAGCGAUGAGAAUGUCAACCACAUAUCCUGUCCAGUUCUGAUCCUGCAUGCAGAAGAUGACACAGUUGUACCCUUCCAGCUUGGAAAAAAGCUGUAUGAUUUGGCUGCUCAGAGUAAAAGUCUGAAUGGUCAUAAGGUGCAGUUUAUUCCUUUCCCCAGCUCUCUGGGCUACAGACACAAGUUCAUCUACAAGAGCCCACAGCUACCAAAUAUACUCAGUGAUUUCCUCAGUACAUCGCAUCCUCACAUGUAGUCAAGAUAAUUUCACCUGAUUGCCCUCUCUCACACACUGUCAAACACACACACACACACACACACACACACUCAGUGUAUAUUAUCAGCACUGUAUACAUCGUGUACAUGUGCACACCCAAGCAUGGACUGAAGAUGCACCAGUUUUUUUGCAUUCCUUUGUUCAUUUAAAACCUAAGUUAGGAGAACGUUUACAGUAACGGGGGCUGGGCGAUUUGUUUCACUUCCUCCUAUUGUCAUGGCUACCGAUCUGAAGGGGCAGCUGAAACACAAAAUAUGCAAAAUAAUGUGCAAAUAUGGACUUAAAUGAAUGCUUAAGUAAAAAAAACAAAUUUAAUGAAUAAAGAAGACCAGAUGAAGUUUUAACGAUGGCACUGAAAAGACAAUACGUGGAUCAAGGUCAAAGGGACGCAGCAGGACAACAUGCUAUUAUGAUGUCACUUUUCUGCCGCGAGAACUGUCAGUGCAAGCUGACUGUGAUUCACUCCUUUUUUAUUAGCAUACUAUAGCAAUGAUCAACUAUAUCAUGUACCUUAUUUUAAAUCCAAAAUCCACUUAAUGUGAAGAGUUAAGAGUUGUUUUAGGUUGAACUUGAACAAUGUACAAUAAAAUGUUUUUUUUUUUUUCUUGUCCGUAUUUUUCCCCUUAAUGAGAUAAACGUUGGGAUAUAUUUUUGUGAUUUGUUUGGUUAGUUGUUAUGCAUUUGUCUGCUGUCAGAAAGGAAUGACAUGAAACAAGAAUUUCAAGUCAGUUGAUCAAAACUAGUUUGCAUGUCUGUUAAUGAAAAACGAGAACUGUAACCUGUAUGUAAAAUCUGUUUCUUUCUCUCUUUCUGUAUGUAGACUAUAUACUCUUUAUUUGGUCAUUAUGCCCUCUGCACAUUCCAAAAAAGACAAUUACAUACAUAUUACCUAGACAUGUUUAUUUACAAAUCUUAAAUUAAUUGUUUUUAUUAAUACAAAUUGAAUUUCAGUGCCCUCUCUUUUACCAUAGAGCCAAAAAAAAAAUGCCUAUUGUUAGUCAGUACCUCAGUGACAGUGACCUGCUUUGGUGACUGUCCAUCUUGAAAAUGUUUUUUAUUUUUAUUUUUAUGAGCUCAUUAGUAUCUUACAGGAUUCCAAAUGCUUCAUUAAUAUUCAGUAGCACUCUAAGGGGGCUUUUGAAUUUAUCCAAACAUAAAUUUUAGUGUGUAUUUAUAAUAUUUUUAAAAUGUGCUCUCUCAUUUUUGUUAGGAGUUUUAAUAGGCACUACUAUAUUGUGGAUAUAUAAACAUGCAAAUGAGGCAAUACUUAAGUCAAGUACCUAUUUUGGCACCAAGAUCUAUGAUUCUAUAAAAUAACUAGCAAUAAUGACACAUCUUUGAUUUGCUCUGAUGUCUUGUCAUGUACAUGUGAUGAAUGAAUAUAUAUAUAGAGUGCACUAUGACUUUGACUACAAUCUGAUAUUUCUUAUCUGCAAAUGUAAUUCAUUCUCAUUGUAGUAACCCUUCUGAUAAUCAAGGCCUGCUGUAUUGUUCCUCAGUGUGUCAGGUUCUGUUUUUCUGAGAACGGACAGUUUUUUCUUUUUCUUCUUAGGGCUAAUAAUGACAGCCAUGUCAUGUGUGCAUGCAAGCUUCAACAGUAGAUCUAGACUGGCUCUCCACUUUGAAAAAGCUCUGUUUGUGCACCGCAGAUGUUUUUCUCAGAAAAACAGUUGUAUCACAAUAGUUUUCCCCCUCCUCUGCCAGUGUGUUAAGUGUGGGGUUACACUGAUGAUACAUUGAAAUAGAAACUUAAAUGGUUAGUUCAUAAAAAAAAUGAAGAUUCUGUCAUUUUUUCACCCUCAUGUUGCUCAAACCUGUAUGACUUUCUUCCGAAGAACCUCUAUCCCAUAUAAAAGUUAUUGGGGACUGUUGCUGUCAAAGCUCCAAAAUGACAGAAAAGCAUCAUAGCAGUUGUCCAUAUAACACUAUAUAUCAUGAUUUAGAGAGUUAGAGUGAAGAGGAAGAUUAUCAGUGAAUAAUGAUUUCAUUUUUGGUCUCUUUUUCAUACAAAGCUUUAUUAAUUUUUCCUUUUCUGAGCUUGCCAGUCCUAGUGCUCAUUCAUUUUCAUUAUGUGUGUUCCACUGAAGAAAGUCAUGCAGGUUUGGAACAACAUUAGGGUGAGUAAAUUAUGAGAGAACUUUCAUUUUUGGGUGAACUAUUCUUUUAACCAAAAUCUCAGUUUCUGCAAAGGACUAUAUAAAAAUGGCACGUUAACCAGAAAUCAUGAGGCCACCAUGUUAUAGAAAAGUGUAAUAAGUUCAUACAAAACUGAAGGACAAUAAGUCAGACAAAAUAAUAAUAAAAAAUGUAUUCUGUUGUGCUAGAUUUUUUUUUUUUUUUUU